UAUUAUAGUUCAUAGUGUUGCAAUUCCAUUUUUGCUUAGAAGCUCAAACAGUUCAAAAAAUUGUAGUUUGUCAGAAUUGAAGAAGAUGCCGCCGGGAGGUGGACGUCCGAAAAGAGUCGCAGCUGGGGGGACAGCCGGCAUAGCUGGGGACGCCGCCGGCAAAGCGAGGGACAGCGAUGCCGUUAGAAGUGCGGCGAACAAAGAGCCAAAAGACGAAGUGCCAGAGCAGUCCGCCGGCAGCGAGGCCGGCGGCAGUUCAGCGGAGGGCCUGGCCGGCGGCAGCGACGCGGACGGCCGGGCCUGGAGCAGUGCGGGGGCUAGUGAUCAUGAUAUGCAGCCAGAACAACAUGGAAUUAGUACAUCAACUGGUCAAAAUGUAGUUCCACAUCAAUUUAGUGGACCUGGUGCCCAUCCAGAUGAAUUACCAGAAGAUAUUGAAGCAGGAGAUGAAACUUCUGGAGACCUCACGAACAUCGGAAAGUUUGUUGAGUCCGUCAGGAUCAUCGGCGACGCUACAUCACGUGCGGGAAAGUUGCAGAAGUAUGCCGACCAGAUGCAGAAGUAUGCCGACCAGAGCCGCGUGGGACGUGAGCAUCGGUCGUUACAACAGCCAGACAAAGGACGGGCAGAACAAGUAAGAAAUCUACUCCAUGAGGCAGGGGUGUACCCACCGCAUGAUCACACGCAAAUAGCAGAGGAAAUGACUAAAGCGCUCACAAGCAUCGACAAGUUCUCUCCACCUGGGGAAGACCCAAAAAAAACUUAUACAUUUGAGUACCUGAACUUGAAGGACAGGAUAGACAAAAUAGAUCAUCUCGAAGGUGAAGACAAGUGGUUCCGCGCGUUGCAGGUGUCACGUCAGCUGUUGAAGAUUGAAAUAGCACCCGAGACGAGUGGCAGUUUCACUAGCUUUGGUUCACUGUUCGAGCGGCUACGUGUUUUGGUGGAAAAGGAAUCGGAGCGGCUCACAGAAGCUAAGGAGAAAUGGUUUAGUGAGAGCACGGGCUUGCCCAUCCAACACGCGCUUCUGUUUGACAUAGCUGACAGUGACACUUUCAUCGACGACAAGAUGCUCUCAGUCCUGGACAAGAUGAGGCUCUACUGUUAUGAAAACGAGAAUGUCUGCCUCCUGCAGUCCAAACAACCCGUUUCAGGUUCUUCCUUCCUCUCCACAUCAACCAGUCCGUCCAUCACGUCAAUCCGCGGUCUACAAUCAUCUUCCUCGGCUUUCCUCACGUACGUGGAUCCAUCGUCCGCCGCACUGUGUGUAGGAGGUGCUUUUCUCGGUGCCUUGGUUUUGCGCAAGUGCUUGCGACGCACCCGUAGCAAAUCCGAUGAGCAGAGACCUCUGCUGCCAUUGCAGCAGUAAAUGGUAUUUUUUACCCCUUGAUGUUGAUGUUCUUGUGGUGAUAGUAUUUACCUCUUACUGUCACUAUGGUGAAGGCCACGAGACAAGAAAUACCAAUGAAUAUUCAUGAAAAAACUACAACACAAGGUUAAAAGUACAACACAAGGUUUGAUACCCCCAACUUUUCACUUUCUUGAAAUCAUGGAAAGUGCAAUCCUUUUGCUUCUUUCAAUCCCUCAUAGAUAUUAUCCUCCUACUCAUUCAGGUACAUUCACUCGUUGAAGGCGGGUCCUGUUCUACUCUCUUCGGAGAACGUGUGUAUGUAAUGGUGGUGUGGAAUAUAGGAGGCGGCCAAAGUAUGGCGGAGGACUUUGGCGAAACAACAAAAUCUGGGGAGCGGAGACAACCAAUAUUUGGAGGUCAUUUUAAUGAUCAAAUGAGAGAGUAGGUUUCAAGAAUCAACACGGACAGAAACCACAUUCUUGCCUUGUUGUAAGGUCUACAAACGGACGGUGCAAGAGAAAUCCAUCUUCUUUCUUAUGUUCCCAUUCUUGAUUUUCCAUUUCUUUUCCUGACUCUUAGUUUCCUGACUUGAACUCGACACACCACUUUCAGGUACAACGAUGAAGGUGCAAAGCAAUAAGUCGGAGUUUCUAAAUGUGGAGGAUAAGACAGCUGCGAUGGAUUUUUGAAUUUUACUAUUUCUUCAAGACACCAAGUGUGCGAUCGCGAUGUAAGUAGCAGGAUACAGACGAGCAGGAAAAUAUUGAGGUGCAGGAUGUCACUGGGUAUACACGAUAUCCUCUGGGUUAAUUGCAGUAGGAAACUAAAAACGAGGCUAUGAAAAACACAUCAUAAAAAACUCUCAGAAGCUGUAUUCAAGGAAGCAGAAAACGACUUUUUUUGAGAAUAAUGAUCUAUUCUUGAUGUACUACUUCUCAUAUAUUAUCAACAAGUCAUUAGGCAUCCAAGAUUUCUUCAAUUGACAUCUUCCGACUCAGAUACUACCACUCGCAGGAGGCGGGUUUGCUUUUACUACAGUAUUCGGCGGGCUCGCUUCUACUCCGGUAUUCGGAUAUCUGCAUUGUGAUGAAUGCUGGGUAGACCAUGACGUGGGUGGAGGAAAUGUCAUAUUCUACGUUGGCUGAAGAUCAAUUUGGCGAGCGGGGAAAAAGUUGGAAGUGGUAUUCGCGUUCGAAAAUCUUACAAUUCGAGAAGAACUUUUUUUUUAUUCUACAACUACUUAGGUAGAUGGUUCAUUGUCAUACUGGUAGAAAUAUUGUUGGAUUUUGCAGACAUUGAUUAGCGCAAGAAAACAAGUCAGACUCUUUAGAUUAAGAGAAACCUCACAUAGUGAAGCUGGUCGGAUUGCUUUUUUUUGAAAUCAGGAAGUGGAUGAACUGCAGGGGAAGAGUGCGCGAUGAAUUAUUGGGGUACAGAUAAUUUUACAAGCGAUCGAGCUAGAAAGGAACUCAAUAUUCAAAGAGGCCAUAUCCUUAUCCACUCCGUCCGUAUGAUCAUUUCUUUGUAAUUAGCUUGUUGACAACCUUCAUACGAAUCCCUCAGGAGCGUUGUAAUCUCUUUUGUCGUUUUUGUAUGCAAGGAAACUAAAACUCCUACAACUCAGGUUAUCUUGAACGCUACGGAGUUCUGUUGGUGGUCUGACGGGAAGAGACCGACUUUCAUCUUGGGUCAAGGAGUUCCUCGUCUACGACUAAGAGAAGAUACGUGGGCGCGCAUCAUCCAGCGAAUUGACUACAUCUACAAUAUUCUUCAUCGGACAGAAUCUACAGUGUACAGAUCGUGAACACCUAAGAGAUCAAUGCUCAUUUUCAAAAUGUUUACUACUAGGCAUACUAGAAGUACUACAGCCCAAACAAGUGCUUGCGCCUCAUUUCCAAAUAUGGAAGUGGGUUUGGGAGUUCACUUUAAGGAUGCAGUGUCGUAAUACUACUAGUAGUCAUCUGGAUUAGAAUUUAUCAUUAUUCAACAAGAAAUAUUUGUCAUAGCCAUAAACAUAUGUAUAAUGCAUUGAAUUACAUACAAUUCAUAAAAUUAGACCAGGAUUUUUCUCGUUGCACAACCUUACUUUUUUUUCAAAAAUGCCGCUAGUGGCAAGGCCUGGCGAACUCCCCUACGCCUUGGACGCUGCGCGACCAUGGGCCUUCGGCGCCGUCGAUAUCGACAGCGGAGCACCUCCCAAGGCGAUCCGGCCCGCCAUGAAUGAUGGCAAACCUAGACCAAAAUGCGGAGCCAACCAAGGGGUACGCAAAACGGGUCCAUUUUGAAAAAAAAGAGGCGACAAAAAUGGGGGCCAUUUUGCACCCCAUUUUUGAAAAUAAAAUGUCGACACUUUUUUCGGCAUUAAAACGACCCCACUUUAGGGGGCCUGGGGGGGUACAGCAGGCGACACUUUUGGGGCCAAAAGUGUUGCCUGUUGUACCCCCUCGUUUGGGGGGUCAAAGUGGGCCCUUUUUGCCCCCCCUUUUGACCCCCUCCCGAGCCUCCCAGACCAGAGCCUCCGAAGGGAGGCGGCUCCCCUGGGGACGCCUGCAAAGUCCACUGGUUGCCAUCCCAGACGAGGGGUUCCGGCUCAGCGGGUCCACUGCGAGGCUAGCGGAGUGGCGACGUCGGUCCAUAGAGAGUUGGGCCUUCUUAGGCUAGCCAAAAACGAAAAAAUAACAAGGUCGCGCAACGAGGAAAAUCCUGGUCUAAUAAAAACAAACAAAACGCUGACGCUCCUAAUGAAAUAACAUCUACAUGCAGUACAUCGCAGAAUUUGAUAUUAAAAUCAAGAACAUAACAAACAUCAAGUUCCUUUCCUUACAAGACAUGUAAAACAAAUAGAAAACAAAUCGGACCUGCUGGAAAGAACAUAAUAAUGAAUAGAGUCUUCAAGAAGACUAGCAUUAGCAAUAGCAUAAGUUUACGUAGGGCAUAUCUAUAGCAGGAAUGAUAAAUGUACUACGUAUAAGUAAAUGAGAUGCAGCAUUUAUCUGUCAUAUCCAUGAAUUGAACUUGAUCAACAUCAUCACACGAACCUUAUCAUCUUUCUUCUAGACGUAAUGUAUAACAUGAAGAAAUGAGGCAUAAAAAAGUCUAUGUCCUCACCAGUUCGCUUCGGUUUAUCAUGUCUACAGCAGGCGCUACUCACUACACCAAUCUAGUAAACUGGUAUCUAUCGAUCCUCUGUCAAAACGAAACUUUCUCUAUUGAAUAUCGUUGCCACUGGUUCUUCGCUUUACGCGAGAACUUCGCACUACAGCGGGGACAUCAUGGUGCCUGAGUGCAGCGUCGUGUCAACGUCACUUAUAAGAGUUAAUGCUACCUCCAAGUAGGAGGCAAAGAUGAUAGCGAGAACUCGAAAAGAUGGUAAUUGUUUGACGCAUGAAAAGGGAGUAGCUCUUGUGGUUUUCAUUUUUCUAAAUCCAAAUUUGCAUUUUUUAGUUGUAGUGGCCAACGUUGUCUAAGCAUGACUUGGCAUCAUCUCAUAUUCACUGGAUAGAAGUAAGUAGGCACUGACUAGACAGUCUUCUUCAAGAAGAAAAUAUGACCUGGGUGGUUCGCUGAACUCAGGACCGAAUAUAGAGGGCCUUACCUUUAUCGUAAUGAGUAUAUGUUGAUCCAUCCGUUGCUUGAGAUGAAAGCGUAGUCUUGUGGUGUGGAAAACCAAGGAUAGGACCAUGUUUCUUAGAAGAGGUAGAUGUUUGAUGGUCAUGGUUGUCGACUUUCUGCCUCUAUAUCAACUCUGAGACAGCGCAAGAUGAAGUCGCGACAGUAAAAAGUUGGUGCCAAGCACGAAGGUUGAUGACUGUCACCAUACCGCAUAGGCGGAGAUGAAAGAUUGACUACAGCCGCAUAAAGGAGUAGGGGAUUCACGACACAAGAGAUGAAUGCACCAUAGAACUGAUUCACAUUCUUGAUGAUGUCUUUUGCACAGGAACGCAAUUUGCUAAAAGUAUCUACUCAAGAAAUUGACAACCGAUUGCCUACUGCUUCGUACUUGAUGAGUAGAUCACUUAUUCCACAAGAACAGAGAAUCAAUUUCAAAUUCAAUUGAUUCCGAGAAGGCCACACGCCGG